AUGGAAGUAGGUGAGCAGAUUGCGGUCGCAGUGGUUCUGGCGAUGACUGGACAAAGCCUAGCAAGCUUUCGUGCAGGUUCUGACUGCACAGCUGCAGAUGUCUUACAGAAGUUGGCGAGGGAGGCUCCCUUGCCUGACGGCCAAAUAUUGUGCGAGAUCCUUUGCCGAAGCUGCGUGAUCAUCCCUGUUCUCGCCGCAGCCGAAAGUUUUCGCGAGCUUCCUGGGCACCUAGCAUGCAUGCAGCGCACAUGCGCGGCAACUUGCACCCUUCUGAACAUUGAGCUCAAAAAGAAGAGUGCCGGUUUGUAUGGGGACUUCCCAUCAAUGGUUCACCCAUUGCCUCUUUUGGACAGGCAAGGCGCUGCGCGAGCAUUUGCUGAAGGUUUGCUCGAAAUCAAGCCACUGCUUGACGUGCUUGACAGAUACAGACCUUGGAUGCGAUCAGAUCUGGAGAGAGUACUGUGA